CUGUGGUUGUGGGCCGGGAUUGUCAUGUGUGGCGUGGGGAGUGGCUAGGCGUACGUGUGUUGUGUUAUAUGGACGGGUAUUUUGGGAUUCUGCUUGCGUGGCGAUGAGGCCUUGGAUGCGUCAAAGGGAGGCCAUGUAAAUGCGCCCGGCGACCUAGUGCGGCCGAGUAAUAACAUUAGCCUGGAAUCAACGUCGUGGAGGCGUCUUCUGUUGGCCGCAUUCCCGCCGUUGCUCUUACGAAUUCAAGAUACAAGCCUAGAGAGUGACAGGGGGAGCUUGGGGUUGUCGGCAGACUUCGCCGCCGGAACUGUUUCCCAAGAUGCAGUACUAGCGGCGCGUGACAACGAGGGAACGAACCAACGUUUGUGUCUCAGUGUUCGAGGAGUCGUGCCGGUGUGCGUGCAGAAAAGCGGCGCCGCGUCCUAAGCGCCAUGGUCGGACGGAAUCACUAUCGCAAUCGCGGCCGUUCCAAUAAGAAGGGCAAGAAGAGGGCGAGGAGGUCCUCAGCCCUCAACAAGGAGAACGCCGCGGCGGCGAAAGGUCGCACGGACUUGACCUUGAAGGAGUCAGCUGCGGGAGGGUGGGAAACAGGAAGCGAGAGCAAAAACGUCGGGGGCGACGCGGGCGGCCCGCCGACAGCCGUAGUGAGGCCGAAGGGAUGCCGCAGGAUUGCCGCCCUUGCUGCCUCCUCUAGAGGCUCUCUCGACACCACGUCCACAGACUACUCCAGCGACGAUGUCACACUCUCCUCGUCAGAGUGCUCCUUCCCGUCCUCUUCUGGCAGGAGAACCUCUGCCAGAUAUUCCUCCUCCAGCACCGCCUCCUCCAGCAGCUCCGGCAUCAGGAGCCUAUCGGCGCGGUCGGCUUCGACGGGGAGCUACUCGAUAGGGAGCUCCUCCACGUGCGCCACGCCCGAGUGCGGGGACGCCGCCCGCGGGAAGCCGCAACCGCUGCGCCAGCAGAACAGUGUCACCUCCUCUGAAGACAGUUACAUCAGUCGCACGAAGAGGAAGAAGAGGAGGAACAGGAAAACAAAGAAGAUGAAGGUGGAGGAGAAGGCGGAGUGCGACUGCAGGUCCCCGGAGGAGUGCAAGCAGGAUCUCCAGCCAGCCGGGGCGGCGAGCACACGCGCGCCCGCACCGCCGCGUUGCCACCGCACUCACGAGGCGCAAGACGUUAAGAUAUUUAGUAGACGGGAGGUGGAAGGCGGAUCGACACACACGCAAAAGCAAGGUCCAGCACUCGCCCCGGGGCCUCCGACGGAACCUCAUGACAGGAAGGAAGGGCUGGCCGGCAAGAUAUCCAGUGGAAACUUAAUUAUUGGAGGAUGCGAGGAGAACAACAAUAGAUCUGAACACUGUAAGGAGAAAACAGAUUGUAAAAAACAAAAAGAUAAGAAACGCAGCCCAAGGAAGCAAAAGAAAAAGAGCAAAAAGGUUGAGGCUUGUGAGACGAUCGAAAUAGCGAGCCAAUUCGAAGAAGGAACAUUGUCUGCCCCGAAGACAAACGCGUCCCUUGCGACCACGAAGAAGGAGGUGAUCAGCAUCGAGGUUGAGGGUGAGCUGCACUACGAAAGCGAGGAGUCAGCACUGAGCUCUGACGUGCAGCAGGAACUCGUGAACAAGGGCGUGGACGGCCUCACGCACACCCUGAAGAACACUGUGCAGAUGUUGACUGAUCGAGUGUUCGAGACGCAGAUGUCGGACGGAGGAAGCGUGACGGAGCCGACUGACGGCGGCCGAGACCAUGCACGCCGCGACCGUGCAAUGUUCGGCGCUGAGACCUUAGUGUACACGGUCCACACACCUGCUCACGUGAACGCUAGCUUGGAGGAUAGUUUGCAGCAACCCGGGCACUCUGGUAACGGAGCUGUCAGUGUCCAGUCCGAAAAAGUCAGCUCUGAUCCCUCAGAAGCUGUCAGCGAUAAUAAAGAAAGCGAAGGGCACAAUGAUAGUGUUAGUGAUGAAACUUCGGUGAGCAACCCGUCAGAAAUGAGUGUAGAUCGAAGAGCUAUUGACCACCCACUGGACCGUGACAGUGGGCUGGUAGAAAUCAGUGGUGCGUCAUUUGCUGCCGGAGGUGAUAUUCCAGAGGCUGCUAAAGUCGCGACCAAUGACAAAGUAGAGGAUAGUAUCGGCAGUGACGAAGCUGAGGCCGUUAGUAACGAGACCGAGGAGGCAAACAGUCUCGAGGCCGUGAGUGACCAAGCAGAAGCCACCAGUAAGGUAGAAAUUACAGCAGAUUUUACUGAGGAUUUGGUUGGUAAAGAGGAAGUCGGUGGCAAUACAGAUUUCGGCAGUGAGAAUACAGAGGUCGUGGCUGAUACAAUCGAAACCGACAUUAUUAGUCAUAAUGACAAUGUAGAUGAAGACGAGAUCACCGCUGGCAAACCAGAUAAAGUUCUCUAUAACGACAACGAAAAACGAAGCGAGAUAAAUAUCAACACUGGCAGUGCAUCAUCUCACGCAGACCAUCUGGAGGUCGUCGCUGACAACACAGAGGUUGCCUGCCAGGUUAUCGCCAAGCAAGAUGCUGCAUCCGCGAGUGACGGGCAACCAGCAGAAAGCCGAGCAGGAAAUCCUCCCAGCUUCCACACCCAAGCUGCCGAGCCUGCCGCAGCCACAACCGCCAGCAAGACGGAAGUGGCAAUUAUCCGGUCAGAAGAUAGCGCCGCCGCCGAUGCCGCAGAGGUCGAGAGCCUCUUCUCGCAGGCUGCCGCGCCUGACGCAGAUCAGUUCGUGGAGGGCCGAGGAUGGGAGGGAAGGCCGAUGAAAGAGGAAGCUAGGGACGGGGGUGAGAGAACUACCGAAAGGCUUGAGAGAAAUGAGCGAGAUGAGUCCCUAGAUAAGGAGAGAGACACAGAUGAAGGAGAGGGAGAAAAACAUUUGGUUGAAGAAGGCAAGAGAGAAAAUGUCGAAGCACAGAAUGGGAACUCAGAACAACCGAGAGAGGAAGCAAGUGUACCUAAAGAGAGUGAGGAGAUUAAGAAGCGAAAAAGGACAGACAUUGAAGACGACGAGCGUGAUGAAGAGGAAAGCGACAGUGCAAGCGACAGCGGGGAGGGCGGGAGGGGGGAGGGCAGCGCGUGCAUUCUUGAGGCCGGUCUCUCCGCCCGUGACUCAGCGCGCGAGAGAGGCGGGGAGGAUAAGGAGCUGCUCACCACCAACAUGGACGUUAUAAGCCCCACGGAACAGUUCGAGAUCGCUGACUACAUCACCGGCCGAGACGAGACGGAACCAGACAUCGUGGUGUUCGACGUCAAGGAUCGAAACGACGAAUUGGUCCUCACGGGCGCCGUGCGGGAGACUGGCGACGCAGAGGAGAUCGGCGCUGCCGGCGAAAACGACAUUUGCGACGACGACGGAGACGGUGACGUCAUUGUCGCCGUCAAGAACGAGCCGCCCCGAGAAGACGUGGCGAUUUUCAUCAACGACAACAUCCUGUCGCUCAACCCAUCUGGAACAAGGUCCAUCGUGGACGUCCUCAGGUCGAGCGACGAGCACGGGGAAGACCUCGUGAUCGUCGACAUCGACGACGGACGCGGCGAGGCGGACGAGGGGGCGAGCACUGAGGGUGGCGAGGAGGAGGAAGAGGAGGAACUUCUGCUUGGGAGGGAGGGGCAGGAGGGAGCUAAUGACAGGAAAUGUGGACAGGACAGGGCAAAGGAGCAGGAGAAGGAGCAGGUAAAGGGAAUGGGAGAACAACAGAAAUAUAAUGUCGAGGAAGUGAGCUGUAAAAAGGAGACGGAGAAAGAAAAUGUUUUGUUAAAGGAAGAGGUAGAGGAAAUGAAAAAGGAGCAGAAGAUAAGAGAGGCGAACUUCACAGACAGCGUCCCCGGGGAGCUGCAAGUGCCCAAUGUUGCCCCGACAGUUGAUGCAGCAUUGGCAGAAUUGGACAGCAUCCCAGACGGAGUUUGUGAGGCAGGAGACGUAGAAGAGGAGGAAGAGGACGAGGAGGAGUGGUCAUACUUCCGCAUGGAGCCACAGACACAGCCACAGGGUGAAGAUGUUCUUGUUCCUGGUGGUCCAACAGCUCCUGUAGCCCCUCCUAGUGAAGCCCCUCAGAGUGUUGAUGCAGUGAUUGUUGAUGAGGGCAUUGUAGCAGCAGCCCCGAAGUCACCAUCUCAUGAAGAUUUGCUCACCAGUCCUAUGGAAGCUGCCCCUCUGGACCAGGUCAUAGGAGAGGUGUAUUCAGAAAAAAUUCCUUCUCCACAUGAGGCUGAUCAACCACCUGUUAUGGAAAAUCCCCCUGAUAUUCUUCAAGCCAGUGUAGAUGAGGGAACAAUUGGGUUUGAAAGCUCUGCAAGGACUCUCAACCUGAUGCAAACCUCUAUGGACAAAGUUCCAGAUUUGAUGGAAGGUAACUUUGAGCAGCCAUCCAGUCCUCAUGGUUCAGUGAGUCCUCGUGUCCCUGGAAGCCCAAGGUCUGUUGAAGGGUUUGUAACAUCUGUUGAACUCAACACACCUGAGGAGAACUUUGGCACAAACUUUGCCAUCAACCAAAAUCAGGACUCACUCACAAGUGCGAUGGAGCAGCCAUCUGGUCCAUUCAGUGUGUAUGUGAGCUCCUCACCUGAGCCUAGCAGCUUGGAGCCUUCACUGCAAGCACCUGUAGACCUUGUGAACUUCAGUGGUGUUGCAAAUGGACAGGUUGAAGAAGAAUCUUCUCAGGUAGCCCAAGACUCACCUGUAGAAAUUGUCCAUGCACAGUCAACUGUUGAGGUGGUUGCACCUCCAUCUCCAGUUGACAUUGCUGGUCCUGAAACACAGUUCAUCAUCCCUGAACAUGAGACAGGUCAGACAAAUGCAGAUAUGCAGCAGCCAUCUGAUAUUACCUUUGUGCCAGAAAAAGCAGUGGAACCAAUGGCAGAGGUCCCUGUGUCAGUUUUUGUUGAUGAAAGUACUCCUGUUUCAGAGCCAGACACUGCUGAUCUCCUUGGACAGGAAGUUGUCUCUCCUGCUGUAGAAUCACCACUAACCCCAGUGGAGUCCUCACCUGCCCCAGUUGAAGAACUUAUCAGUCCAGUUGAGUAUACCCCAGUGCAAGAAGAGCCCAUACCUGCCCCAGUUGAGCCCACACCUGCCCCAGUUGAGCCCACACCCACCCCAGUUGAGCCCACACCCACCCCAGUUGAGCCCAUAUCCACCCCAAUUGAGCCCACACCUGCCCCAGUCGAGCCCAUAUCCACCCCAAUUGAGCCCACACCCGCCCCAUUCGAGCCCACACCAGCUCCAGUCGAGCCCACACCUGCUCCAGUUGAGCCCACAGCAGAGAAAGUGGAAACUCCAGCACCAGCUGCAGCAGUUCCUGCAAAGGCAGCAGCUAAAACUGUUAAAGAAGGAGCUCCUACACCUAAAGCAAGGACUCCUGCUAAAACCACUAAAGCUCCAGCUACAAAAGCCACACCAGACAAGAAGCCAGCUCCAGGUAGGGCCACACCAGCCAGACCAACACCUGGAAAAGCCACACCCACUAGGACUCCCAUCUCUAAGACUCCAACCCCCAAAGCUACAGAGAAAACUGCUUCGCCAAAGCCUUUACCAAGAGUGGCCCCCACCAAGCCUGCUGCAGAUAAACCCACUGCCACCAAACCAGGAACAGCAAGGCCUGCUUCUGCCAGACCCACUACCACACGACCAGCAACUGGCACUGCUGGUGCUACAAGGCCAACAGCCACCAAGCCACUUGCCAAAAAGCCAGCUGAAAAACCAGCAGCAACCACCAGUACCACCACAAAAGCCCCAGCCACCCGACCAACAACAGGUGCACCCAGGCCAGGUUCUGCACGUCCAACUCCUGCUGCUAGAACUACCACAACAUCCACUGUUAGGAAGACAGUUCCCACCAAGACUGCAGAUAAGCCUGAUGCUGCUAAACUAGUUAAUGGGUCUGCCACAAGGACGACGACAACUGCACGUAAACCUUUAACACAAACAGCAACCAAGACUUCAACCACACGCCCUGCUGCUGAAAAAGAGACCAAGAACACUACAAACCGAAUCCUUUCCACAACUCGACCUGCCUCUAAGCCAGGAACUACUGCCACCACUCGACCCACUGUCAGUAGAACAGCAGCAGCAGCCAGGUCAUCAACGACUGAAAGCAAGACCACAUCCCGUGUGGAUGCCACCACCAAGGCUAGAACAUCUACAACAACAAAAUCUGCUGCAACCAAGACUGCAGGAGUUGCAGUGAAGAAGACCUUAGUCACCAAAACUAAAACUGCUGGAACCAAGACAGCAGCCACUAAAGCAGAGAAGUCUGAAGCAACAGUCCUAGAGACCAGUGAGCCUGUAGUGAAUGGGGAAAACAAGAUUGCUGAUGAGGAAACUAGCGUAGAGGUAAUUGAGAAAUGUGCUGUAGAAGACAUCAUGAAGGCAUCAUCAGAGAAGGUCAUCACAGAAAGCUCCCAGACCAUGACCACCUCUGAACAAGUGGUAGUGACAACAGAAACCACAGAAGUGAUAGUAAAUGGAGAUCAUUGAGAGAUGUGUUGCUGAAAAAUGCAUAAACAUUUUUGAAAUGUUACAUUUGAGUUACUUUUUUGACAUUUUGCAUUUUCAGUCUUAGGGUCCAAGUGUGUCUUAAUUUGACAAUGUGAGAGAUGUGCUAGUCUGAUUGAUUGCUCCAGUGACAUUGAUAGUCAGGCUUAUGGUGAAGUUCGACUAUAUUUGGAUCCUAGCUUAUGUAUAGUCACCCAAAUGCUAAUAUUAGGAGCUGAUAUUCUUGCUUAACUAAUAAAUGUACAUUACAUGAACGUACAAUGGUAAGGACUGUCUUACUUAUGGUUCCGAAGAGUUUGAUAUAAUCUACCGUUCACAUUAGUUAAGGAAAUCAAUAUUUCUUCUUUAAUUUUUUUAUUUAUUUUUUAUUACAUUUUCUUGAGAGCUGUAACUUUUUGGACUUGAGUGAUGAAACUUGAUUAUGCCUAGGUGCAUUGAUGUCCAUAAUAUUUAGAUCAUAAGAUAUGUAAUUCAUGCAGUUCACAAUAUAUUUCAUUAAAAUAUUACAGAAAAAAGAAAGCUUUAAGUUAAAAGUUAAUAUUUGUAAAUAGCCAUCAAAAUAUUAAUGUGAGGUGCUAGUUUUCCCUUGUUGCAUUCCGGUAUUUCCACUGCUUCAGACUUUUGUACUUGGCCCCAUGCCCACUCAGGCUUGUAGCAACAAGUCAAUUAAGGCACCAGUUUUAUAUAUAACUAAUAGUAAUGUAAUUACAGAUACCAUUGUAAAGCUUUUUGUCACUGUGGUUAGGAACAUGGAUGUGAUCAGUGUGGAUACAAGGCAUAUGUUCAAAAAAAAAUAUAUAAAAGCGGUUGCUGAUUAUGAAGUGCCUUUUUUCCAAGACUUCUCCAUUCCAUAUUGCUAAAUAAACAAUACUUUUCUUUUUUAUAUGGAAUUACAAUUUUUCAAUCCCCAGGCAUUACUUAUUUAUUGAAUGUUGGAAGUGAAACCUCAAAAUUAAGUUUCUUUUCCGAAUUCCGGCAGUUGUUUCUGAAGAAAUUCUCACCAGUGCCCAGUUAAGAGGAAUGUAUAUUUCAUUUGCUUCCUAUAUUAUUGUGAUGUGUCAUUGGUUCCGCACAAGCCUGUGUAAAGUGUAUCAACUAUUGUAUUCAAAUAAGUAAUAAAGGAUAAUAUACAA